CCGACACAACGUGCCACGUCCAAAAAAGAGUCAUUCAGACAGACAGAAGACAAGAGAGCCAACGAGAUUACCGAGAGACGAAUAUAAACCGACUUAUCGCAUUUGAUCACACUUGUUCUUUACCCUUAUCAUUGCAUCCUCUCCGUCCCCAGACAAGAUACAUUACUGGACGGUCGCGUGCGACUUACACACACACCGCUGAGCGAGAGACUUGGUUGGGGACCCCCACUGCCCACGUCCAACUGUUUCUCUCCUCCCACGCCUCUUUACCUCUUUCGAAUCACAGAGCCACGCCUUAUCCUCUUUUCCAAUACUACUUUUUCCAUCAACAACUGGGGCCAGGCGCACGAAUAUGGCAAUGGCGGAUCUUGUCAUGCCCAGACUGCCGGACCAGCAGUCCUCCUGGUUCCAUCACCCACAUCAGCACCAGCCGACAGGCCACCAGAGAUCCUUCUCCUAUCACAUGCCGCAACACAACUCCUCCGACAUCUCGCCUCUCAGCACAUCCGGGAGCAAUACCUCGCCCGUCUCACCAAAGAACUACCAUGGCCGCCAGGUCCGACCACUCUACGUCCCCGCCGUGCUGCGGCCCAAUGAAUAUCCAUCAAGCGCAACACCGGCCAAGACUUCACCGGGUCUCGACGAGGCUGACGAUGACGAUCGUGUAGUGCGCUCCAGCGGCAGCUUCACCAGCCUCUCGGGGAUCCUGAGCUUGAGUAGACUCUCGAGGAGAGACAGCGCCAAGGUUGUGGAAUGGGACUGGGACCUCUCGAAUUACCCAAAAGUCAACGGGCAGCCCACCCGGCGACACUGGAAGGCCGACCAGGAGUGCGACGUCUGCGACGACCCAACCUGCAAAAAGUACUUCAACUACUUUGUGCGACGGCACCACUGCCGGCGCUGUGGCAACAUUUUCUGCGACGUGCACUCGAGCCGCGAGGUGCCUCUCGACGAGAGCGCCAACUACAACCCUCGCGGGCAGAUGAGCCGCUGCUGCCAGCACUGCUACGGAGACUUCAAAGUCUGGCGCAGCCGGAACGGCAGCCUGAGUCUGGGCGCCAGCCAGGCAUUGCACCAGCCGCACCCACACCAGCCGCUCGCUGGGAGCAGGACAGUGCCGGCCAGCCCUACCCCCGCGAGUCCCAUCGCCGGCGCGAGCCCGACCACGCCGGGCAAGACCCAACCCGAGGUAGCGCUGAGUGUGCCAAGCGACUGGAACUGGAGCACCUUUUAAAUGUGCUGCCUAUAUUCUUCCACCACACAUCAUCAGUCUCAUGGCCGUCAUCCUCCAACGCUCGACUGACCAAACCUAUCUACUUAACAUAACAUAACAU